UUUUAAUCCUGGGAAUGAACCUCCUACUGAACUCAAAUGAUUCCCUUCAUUUGUAAUCUUCUGCUCUCCAUCCCACCCCUGUCAAAAGAUCUUGCUGUCUCACUCGUCAGAGAUACUCAAUUUCUCCACGCACUUCAUCUUUUCGAUGAAAUAUGCUAGAGAAUGAUUAAUGCCUGGAAGAUCCAUUGGCCCAUACCAAAUACCAUAGUCCAUGCACCAUGAUGGAGAAGCUCCCUGCCUCCAUCCCCUCAACUCACAUGGUGUCACGUCAAUGCGUGCAUGCACCACCAAACAAAGACCUAAAGCUACCACCACGAUCCAUGUACGGCACCCAUGAGAUGAGAGAUGAGAUCCAUCUUUCUAUAUAGCGUUACCCUUAAACACUUUAUCUCAAAGUCCUUAGCUCCAGAAAGCAUACGCCAUCCAGCAGCAUGUGCUCCGGCUCCUGGAACGGCAAGAAACAGCCAUUUUUCCUUGUCCUCAAGCAGCAGAAGAAGCCUCAUGUCCCAGUCAGUAUCAGGAGGAACAGGUUGAGGCUGAGGAGGAGAGCCGGAGCAGAGACCAUGGAGAUGGUGAACCUGAAGCUCUACCUGGAGAACCGGUGCAUCAUCGCAGAGAACGAGAGGCUCCGGGAGAAGGCCAGCUCGCUCCGCCGCGAAAACCUCGCGCUGCGCGAGAACCUGUCCAAGACGGCGGCCGAGGCCGAGCUGCCGGAGGCAGGAGCAGGAGCACGAGCUGCCUGAGACUUCCUCUGGCGACUGAUCAUGGAGUAGCUAGCCUACCAGUGUUCUCUCCCUAAGUGGUUACGUGGUGCUUGCGCUAGUUUGCAUAGAAUCCUAGGUAUCUGCUUGGCUGCUCCGCCAUGUUUGUGCUCAUGAACCACUAGAUGUUUGGAGCUCUCUUGUGUGUUCUGUGGCACGAUGCUUUGUACAUUACAAGUGCAGGAAUCAACUAGAUUUUGUUUGCAAAUGGCUCUUUUGGAUGAACAUGGCAAGUAAAUAAAAGCAGUUUUGU